AUGGAUAUGGACUACGAUAUUAUUGCCGAAUCAGAGGCGAAGCGGAGGAAGAUCCGCAAAGGGACUAAAAGUUGCUGGGAAUGCAAAAAGCGCAAGAUGAAAUGCGUGUAUGCGGACCCUCCCUCUCCAGCCGAUGCCAAUGCCGUUUGUAUUGGCUGCCAGCGGCGAGGGUCCAAAUGCGUGAGCCAGGAAUUUGAGUUUAUUGGCGGAAGAGAGAAUGCAGGACAUCUCGAGAGGAAGGGACGACACCGCACGAGCGGUAACGAUGAAGAUCGUGUUGCGAGGGUUGAGGCCUUGGUUGAACAACUGAUCAAGAAAGUGGACCGUCAUGGGGGAGUAGGAGUACCCGGAACUAGCGAAAUUCCGACUCCUAGUUAUGGAAUCCUUACUCCGGAUGCUGCAUCAAUAGACCAAGAAUCUUCACGUUUCUUGUCUGUAUGCAAACCUUCCGAUGAUCAUGGCCCGGCUGAAGCUGAGGGGAGAUAUGAAAAUCUAUCUCAAAGAUUGCACGAGUCCUUACCCUCACGACAAGUUAUCGAGAUGAUAUACAAUGCCCGCGGUAGAAAAGCCAUACUUUUUUAUGAGAUGCUAAACGCUCCAUAUGCUGUCCUCGAGCAGAACGGCCUCAAAUCGCCAGACAGUUUACUCGAAAUACCUAGUCCGAGUUCGCAUCCAGUGCUGAUCGCAAGACAUAUGCUUUAUAUUGCUACUUUCCUCCAGCAUCUUCACCCUAAGUCCCUUGGGGCGAUAAACGGUUUGCUGGAACCACUCCCCGCCCUGAUGGAACGAUUAGCAGGAACUGCUAUUAAUUUGGUCACGACAAACGACGAAUUCUUUGGCAGCAUUGAAGGACUGGAGUGUGUUAUGAUGGAAAGCAUGUACUACCAUAAUGGUGGAAAUCUACGACGAAGCUGGAUAGCGAACCGGAGGGCUAUGGCUAUUGCGCAAAUGAUGAAUCUCCACCAAAAUCAAAGCCGAGCAAAGUACAAGGUUCUUGACCACAAAACGAAAGCUUAUCCACAGUUCAUGUGGUUUCGAAUUGUCUCCCUCGACCGUAACUUGUGUCUCAUGCUGGGUCUUACGCAAGGCUCCUUUGAUCAGAGCAUGGCCACUGGCACAGCAUUCAGAGAUGACAUUCCUAUGGGCCGCCUCGAGCGGAUGCACUGUACCCUCGCGUCUCGCAUAUUGGAGCGCAACGAGUCUGACUUGUCCGACCCGUCCGCUGAUGACUUUGCCCUGACACAAAACCUCGACUUGGAGCUACAGAAAGCGGGCAGAACUAUGCCCAGCAAAUGGUGGCUUAUGCCGAACCUAGACAGUGUCACGGAUGACCCACAGGCUCUCUUUCUAGAUAUGGGACGACUGUUUAACCAGUUGUAUCAUUACAACUUGCUCAAUCAGCUCCAUCUGCCUUACAUGCUUCGUUCAUCACCUGAACAAAAGUACGAAUAUUCCAGAAUGACCUGCGUGAAUGCCUCAAGGGAGGUCCUCUUGCGAUUUAUCAUGUUUCGUGGCUACAACAGGAAUAAUUUUUGCUGUCGGACAGUCGACUUUUUUGCACUCAUGGCGGCCAUUACUCUACUUCUGGCGCAUCUCAACAGCCACCAUUUUUCACAAGUCAGCAACCUCUUAGGGCACCAAUAUCUUGGCGACCGUGCCAUGAUAGAGCAGGCACAGGUGAACAUGGAAGAAAUCAGUCGUGUGAACGGAGAUACUUUAAGUGCCCAAAGUGCGGACUUAUUACAUAAGUUGCUGGCCAUUGAUUCCGAAACAGCAGAUGGCGUCAGUACGGAGAGCGUCAGCGUUCAGACACCAGAAAGUGUAGUAUUCCAGUCAAGCGAAAACGACAAUGGCGUUGUUCGGGUGCAAAUACCUUACUUUGGCAUUGUCAGGAUUGCCCGUCAGGGCGUUAUUUCCAAGGAAAUCGGUAACGCACAACCUCUCUUAACUAAUGGCCAACCCUACACCCCGGUGAUUAGUAUGCAUCACACUGAGAGCUCGGAAGCUGCAAUGCGUGAUCUUGGCUCUGGUCGCUUCGAUGGAAAUGCAUUUCCCAGAUCAAUGACCGAAGCGGAUUACAACUCUGUCGAUAGUGUUAAUGGUCCGCCUGCGCAGCUCACAUCGCGAUAUCAAGAUGCCAUUUCCGAUACCCUCCUGCAGAACUAUCAGGAUCCUGGGCUAACUGCCGGGGUGCACGACUGGGCAUUCCAGGGUGUCGAUAUGGCUUUUUUUGACAGCAUAAUGAGAGGCCUCGAUAACGGAAAUAGUUCAGAAACCUGGGAUAGUGGCCCUUAG